UCAAGAUGGCGGUCGCGGAGGGCGUGGCCAGCGACUCGGAGGUUCUGAAAUGGUGAGGAAUCAUGGCGGCCACCGAGGAGCGGAUCCGGGAGGACGGAGAAGAAGAAGAAGAAGAAGAAGAGGAAGCAGAGCAGUUGGUUCUGGUGGAGUUGUCGGGCAUUAUUGAUUCAGAGUUUCUAUCAAAAUGUGAAAAUAAAUGCAAGAUUUUGGGAAUUGACACUGAGAGGCCCAUUCUGCAAGUGGACAGCUAUGUCUUUGCUGGAGAGUAUGAAGACACUCUUGGGACCUGUGUUAUAUUUGAAGAAAAUGUUGAGCACGGUGAUACAGAAGGCAGUGAUAAAACAGUGCUGAAAUAUAAAUGCCAUACAAUGAAGAAACUCAGCAUGACAAGAACUCUUUUGACAGAAAAGAAGGAAGGAGAAGAAAACAUAGGUGGUGUGGAAUGGCUGCAAAUCAAGGACAAUGAGUUCUCCUAUAGACCCAACAUGAUUUGUAGCUUUCUGCAUGAAAAUGAAGAUGACGACGUAACUCCAGCCUCAGAUAAAUCCUUGGAGUUGGAAGACCAAGAGAUUCCAAUGAAAAAUAAUUCAGACCUGAGUUAUGAACAGGGGAAAUCACUGAACUUGGAAGUAGAGAAUUCUGGUCCCCUAAUUGAUAUCCCUUCUUCUGAGACAGAAGGUUAUGUUUUUAUGGAAACUCAAGAUACUGUCUAGGAAAUCACUCCUAGAUGAAAUGUUUCUCAUUAUAACUAAUAAUGAACUUUUUGGAGUUUUUAUAUAAAAUAAUUGUGUAGCUUUCAGUUCACUAUAUUACUAGUUUUGUUGGCUAUACGUGCUUUUCUGAUCAUAGCACAGUUUAUAUACCAGAGUUGUUUAGGACCAGAUAUGAAUUGAAUUUUUAAAAAUCUGGUAUAAAUGACUAUAGGGACCCUGGGACCCUUCUUUAAAUUUCCUUAAAUUGGAAGUUUUAUUAAGGUAAGUGUAUAAGUUUUUUUUAUUGCAUCCGUUACAAAUUACUACAAACUUAGUGGCUUAAAAUGACACAAGUGUAUUAUUAUAUAGUUUUGUAAAUCAGCUAUCUGACAUGGGCUGGGCUAAAAUCAAGAUGUUGGCAGGACUUCAUUCCUUUCUCAAGGUUGAGGGGUAGGGGAGACUGUUUCCUUGUUCAUUUAGUUGUUGGCAGAUUUCAAAUCUUUGCCAUUGAUGGAUCAGUGUCCCAUUUUCUUGCUGUCAUCUGAGGGCUAUUUUCAGCUUCUAGAGGCUGCCUGCAUUCUUUGGCUUAUGGUCCUCUUCUCUUCAAAGCUGGUAAAUCUCUUCCUUCUUUUGCUUCAUCCUAUCUCUGACCCACCUUGCUAAUUACCUGACCCAGUAUCUGUUCUUUCCUUAAUUCUAAUCUGAGAAUUAUUGGUGUGUAUCCAUAUAUGUUACCCAUAGUGUAUCCAUUUAUGUGUAAAUAUGUGGCUGUAUGGCUAAGUUCUGGCCAGUGAUACGGAAUUAUAAGUGUUGAGUGUUGGAUGCUUCUGGAAAGUUUCCUUAAACUUUAAGGCAUAAAGAGAGAUGGGCCAGUUCAACUUCUCUUUUUCUCCCUGCUGGAACAUGGUGGCUAGAGCUUCAGCAGGCUUUUUGAACUGUAAAGAAACUUUGGAAAUAGAAGCCAUGAGUGGCAGAGCAACAAGAUAGAAGGUUGGAUCCUGAUAUGAUGCUGCCCUGGACUGCCAGGAAUAAAGAUUAAUAAAUCUUUUCUUUUUUCCCCAUGGUGAAAUGGC